AUGGCUUCAACUUGGCAAAAAGCUCAGGAAUUCUACAACUGGAUCCUUGAGAGUGGAGAUCCAAGGACAGCACCAUGGCCCCUGGUGUAUUCUCCACUUCCAGUCACACUUCUCUUUGCCUCCUACCUCUUGGUUGUGACACUGGGGCCCUUCUACAUGCGUCAGCGGGAAGCGCUGCAGCUGCGAGGCUUGCUGCUUGCCUACAAUCUCACCAUGAUGACAUUAUCAAGCUACAUGUUUUAUGAGUUUCUAGUGACUUCAGUCUUGGGCAACUACAGCUACCUGUGCCAGCCAGUGGAUUACAGCCAAAGUGAACUAGGAAUGAGGAUGGCAAGAGUGUGUUGGUGGUUCUUCUUCUCCAAAGUCAUCGAACUGCUUGAUACGGUUUUCUUUAUUCUGCGCAAGAAACAAGAACAGGUCACCUUUCUGCACGUGUACCAUCAUGGCACCAUGCUCUUCAACUGGUGGUCAGGGGUCAAAUAUGUGCCUGGAGGACAAGCCUUCUUUAUUGGGAUGCUCAACUCCUUUGUACACAUCUUCAUGUAUGGCUACUAUGCCCUGGCCAGCCUGGGACCACAGAUGCACCGUUAUCUCUGGUGGAAACGUUACCUAACCAUCAUGCAGCUGUGCCAGUUCGUAGCCAUCGCUGCUCACUCCUCCUACAACCUCUUCACAGAAUGUCCCUUCCCUGAUGGCUUCAACACCGCAGUCUUCCUCUACAUUCUCAGCCUCAUUGCUCUCUUCCUGCACUUCUACUACUGGACCUACCUUAAAGAAAAGCAGGAGAAGCUAACUUAA